AUGUCGAACGCGCUGGAAUCGCUGAAGCAGUACACGACCGUCGUCUCGGACUCUGGCGACUUUGAGUCGAUUGCAGCAUACAAGCCACAAGAUGCGACGACGAACCCGUCGCUGAUCCUCGCGGCGGUGAAGGAAGAGAAGUACGCCAAGAUGAUUCCCCCGGCGGUCGACUACGCCAAGAAGCAGGGCGGCAGCACUGAGGAGGUGCUGGACCGCGCUGUGGACCGUCUGAUUGUCUCGUUUGGCGAGGAGCUUCUCAAGAUCAUUCCCGGCCGCGUGUCGACUGAGGUUGAUGCGCUCCUGUCGUUCGACAAGGACGCGACGGUGAAGAAGGCCCUGGAUCUCAUUGCGCUGUACGACUCGCAGGGGAUCAGCAAGGACCGCGUGCUGAUCAAGAUCGCGUCGACCUGGGAGGGUAUCCAGGCGGCCCGUGAGCUCGAGUCGGAGCACGGCGUGCACUGCAACCUGACGCUCCUGUUCAGCAUGUGCCAGGCGGUGGCGUGUGCCGAGGCGGGCGUCACGCUCAUCUCGCCGUUCGUGGGCCGCAUCCUCGACUGGUUCAAGAAGAACAAGCCCGACGGUGACUACGAGGGUGUGAACGACCCUGGUGUCGCGUCGGUGCGUCAGAUCUACCAGUACUACAAGCAGCACGGUUACAACACGAUUGUGAUGGGUGCGUCGUUCCGCAACACGAGUGAGAUUGUCGAACUUGCGGGCUGCGACUACCUGACCAUUGCACCCAAGCUCCUUGAGUCGCUGAAGGGCGACACGCACGCGCUCGAGCGCAAGCUGUCGCCGGAGCUUGCCAAGCGUGCCGAGCCGCUUGAGAAAAUCUCGUACAUUGAGAACGAGCCGAAGUUCCGCUGGGAUCUCCUGCAGGAUGCCAUGGCCUUUGAGAAGCUGCACGAGGGUAUCCGCAAGUUCGCAGAGGACGCUGUGACGCUCAAGUCUAUCCUGUCUAAGCACCUGUAG